AUGGGUUCCCUGGAAAGCCGGGUGUGGAAGGGAAACAGAUGGAAAUACUUUCUGGUGCUAGAUGCAGCACUGGGAUUGCAUCGAACUAUGUUCGCUAUGCCCACUACACAGGAUUGGUUUGUGUUUGGAGCAAAUAUACAACGAAGAGGUCCUCCUGGCAGCCCAGGCCCUCCAGGUGCCAGUGGGACCAAAGGAGUAAAGGGAGAAGCUGGUCUGGACGGCAAGCCUGGAGUCCCUGGUUUACCAGGUCAAAGGGGUAAAAAGGGAGAACCAGGAUUCCCAGGAAUCAAUGGUCUGAUUGGCCCUAAGGGACCUCCAGGACCCUCGGGUGUUGCUGGACCCCCUGGACCACCUGGAGCACCAGGGCUGCCAGGAGAGAUUGGAGUUUCUGGUAAAACAGGACCGCCGGGACCAGCUGGUUUGCCUGGCAAAGAUGGAUUUAACGGGCUUCCUGGACUUCCUGGUCAAAAGGCAAGUGACGCAACAUACGCUGGUAUUAAGCUGCUUAGUCUGGGCAGUUUAUGUGGGGAGAACAAGGGGAAAAGGGUGAGGAAGGCCUGCCUGGAAAAGCUGGCCCUAAGGGUGAACCAGGGAGCCGUGGCCAACGUGGUGAGCAGGGUGAAGCAGGUCUUCCUGGUCUUCAAGGUGUACCUGGACUUAGAGGAGAAAAAGGAGACCAAGGAGAAAAAGGAAAAGAUGGUCUCCCAGGAUGGAAAGGUGAAAGAGGAGAAAAGGGUGACACGGGUUCUCCUGGACCACCAGGCUUACCUGGAACAGGUGAACCUGGACCAAAAGGAGAGAAAGGAGAUCGAGGAACGAGUGGAGAACCUGGAUUACCUGGAAUCCCAGGUAAACAAGGUGUCCCAGGACUUGCAGGAAUACAGGCAGUCCCAACCCAUCUCUAAUCAGCCAGCAUCUCUCUUCUUUCUGCACAGGGUACAAAGGGGCAGAAAGGAGCCCAAGGAGAAGCUGGAGCCCCUGGAGAGAAGGGUGUGCCUGGAGACCCUGGACCACCAGGAAAAGAAGGACAAAAAGGGGAAAAGGGUGAGCCUGGAAAAGAAGGAAGAGUGGGUUCACCUGGACCAGCUGGUGAGCCAGGGCCUGCUGGGCAGCCAGGUUUGCCUGGUAAGGGUAAAGAUGGAGAACAGGGGCAAAGGGGCCCACCAGGCUUGCCAGGACCCUUUGGACAUAAGGGUGAGAGGGGAGCUCCUGGGCUCCCGGGACAGCCAGGAGACAGAGGCGUGCCAGGAAUCGGGCUGGCUGGACCUCCUGGCCCUGUGGGACCCCCAGGAGACAAAGGGUCAUUGGGUCCCCGUGGUGUACCUGGUAUCCCUGGACCACAGGGGCCUCCAGGCCAGGAUGGUCUGCCUGGACAUCCAGGGGAAAGAGGACCUCCUGGAAAACCGCACCACUUUGCAGUAUCCUCAGCCAGAAGUCAUCUCCGGUGGGAUGACGUGGAUUAACAGUGUCAGGCAGGCGGGUUCCUCACCCCUGCUCUCUCCAGAGGACAUAAAUCUCUUAGUGAAGGACGUGUGCAGUGAAUGCCCUCCUGGCCCACCAGGACUGCCAGGCAUCCCAGGUUUCAAAGGUGAUAAAGGUCUCCGAGGACCCCCAGGUAGAGAUGGCCAGGAUGGGAAAAUGGGGAAUGCUGGUCCCAGAGGUCCCACAGGCCCACCUGGGCUGGAUGGGCCAAAGGGUGCUAAAGGAGAUCGUGGUAUGACUGGGGAUGCAGGAGAAAAAGGUGAACAGGGCCACCCUGGAAUGCCAGGCUUCGCAGGGGCUCCUGGAAACCCUGGUCCACCUGGACCAGAUGGGGCACCGGGACCAAUAGGACCAGCGGGAAACCCAGGAGACAUAGGUAAAGAUGGCCCCCCAGGUCCCCAGGGCCCACCAGGGUUGCCUGGACUUCCAGGCAUUGCUGGGAAUGACGGCAAAGAUGGCAAGCCGGGAUCUCUUGGGGAACCGGGGAAGCCUGGAGAACCAGGGCUCCCAGGCCAGGAAGGUGCCAGAGGUUUACCGGGUUUCAAAGGACAGAGAGGAGAUACAGGUCCUCCAGGUCCCCGGGGGGAGCCAGGUGUGGCAGGUCCUGCUGGUCGUGAGGGGCCACCUGGGAAGGACGGUGAUCCUGGUCCCAUAGGACCACAGGGUCCUCGAGGACUCAGAGGGCAGCCGGGAGAACCAGGAGAGAAAGGUGCUCCUGGAAAAGAGGGUGCACCAGGGAAACCGGGUGAAGCUGGCUCCAAAGGAGAGAGGGGAGAGCCUGGCAUCAAAGGCGAAAAAGGCCCUCGAGGAGAAAAAGGCCCUCCAGGUGAUCCUGGGAUGCCUGGUCAUAAAGGCCACCCAGGGCUGAUGGGUCCCCAUGGGCCCCCAGGAGACACUGGGCAAGUUGGACCUCCUGGUCCUCCAGGACAACCAGGAUUUCCAGGACCGCGGGGAGAACCCCCGUCUCUGGAGACUUUGAGAAGGCUCAUCCAAGAGGAGUUAGCCAAACAGCUGGAUGCCAAGUUAGCCUAUCUCCUGGCUCAGAUACAGCCUGCACAUGUAAAAGCAUCCCAUGGCAGACCAGGACCUCCUGGUCCCCCUGGGAAGGAAGGACUUCCAGGAAGAACUGGCCCUCCAGGAGAGCCUGGCCGGCCUGGACAGACUGGAUCUGAAGGGCCACCUGGACCAAUGGGUCCCAAAGGAGACAGAGGAGCAAAGGGUGAGAAAGGUGACACUGGCAUUGGCCAACGAGGGGAAAUAGGUCUUCCAGGAAUUCCAGGCCUCCCAGGGGAGCCUGGCUAUGCCAAAGAUGGGAUGCCAGGACCACCUGGCCCUCAAGGUGAAGCUGGUGUCCCUGGUCUCAUGGGUCCCCAGGGACCUCCAGGAGCCAACGGACAGUGUGACCCCACUCAGUGCGCUUACUACGCAAGCCUGGCUGCCAGACCUGCCAACGUCAAAGGGCCUUAGCUUGCAUGGGGUAUCCCUAGACUUGUUUUUAAAACUUGAAUUCGUCACGCCUGCCCAGAGCUCUCAGAUGUCUUCAGCCGUGUUUCUUUUGUGGGAGGCCUUUUAAAGCCAACAAAUGCUGCCGGUCGGUCAGAUUAUUUUUAUGAAUUAUUGUUAUUAUUAUAAUUAUUAUUAUCUUUGAUGUGAUAUGUGAAUUUGUUUUUGUUUUCUCUAACAUCAGGGCAUAUUAAAACAUUAAAAA